AUGAGCUUUUCAUUUUGUGGUAACAACAUCUCUUCAUAUGAUAUCUAUGAUGGUGUGUUAGAAAACCCCUGCUUUGUGGAUGCGCUCAACCUGGUCCCCCAUGUCUUUCUGUUGUUCAUCACUUUUCCAAUAUUGUUUAUUGGAUGGGGGAGCCAAAGCUCAAAAGUACAAAUUCACCACAACACAUGGCUUCAUUUUCCUGGACAUAACCUGAGAUGGAUUCUUACAUUUGCUCUCCUAUUUGUGCAUGUUUGUGAAAUAGCAGAAGGCAUUGUUUCAGACUCACGGCGGGAGUCCCGGCAUCUCCACCUCUUCAUGCCGGCUGUGAUGGGAUUCGUUGCCACUACGACAUCGAUAGUAUAUUAUCAUAAUAUUGAAACAUCAAAUUUUCCUAAAUUACUUUUAGCCUUAUUUUUGUAUUGGGUAAUGGCCUUUAUUACAAAAACAAUAAAGUUGGUGAAGGACUGGCAGUCUGGUUGGGGCAUAUCAGACCUGCGUUUCUGCAUCACAGGCAUGAUGGUCAUCUUGAAUGGGCUCCUGAUGGCUGUGGAGAUCAACGUCAUUCGGGUCCGAAGAUAUGUAUUCUUCACGAAUCCUCAGAAAGUAAAGCCUCCUGAAGACCUCCAGGAUCUGGGAGUGAGAUUUCUUCAACCAUUUGUGAAUUUACUGUCAAAAGCAACAUACUGGUGGAUGAACACACUUAUCAUAUCUGCUCAUAAAAAGCCUAUUGAUCUGAAGGCAAUUGGAAAAUUGCCAAUAGCAAUGAGAGCAGUAACAAAUUAUGUGUGCCUGAAAGAUGCAUAUGAAGAACAAAAGAAAAAAGUAGCAGAUCAUCCAAAUCGGACUAUCAUAAUGGGAGUGAUUCUGCUCUAUAAUUUACUUGGAUUAAGCGCAUUGGUUGGUGCAGCUGUCAUUGUGCUCCUUGCGCCAAUUCAGUAUUUCAUCGCUACAAAGUUGGCAGAGGCUCAGAAGAGCACACUCGAUUAUUCCACUGAGAGACUGAAGAAAACAAAUGAAAUAUUGAAAGGCAUCAAACUUCUAAAGUUGUACGCCUGGGAGCACAUUUUCUGCAAAAGUGUGGAGGAAACAAGAAUGAAAGAACUGUCUAGUCUCAAAACCUUUGCACUUUAUACAUCACUAUCCAUCUUCAUGAAUGCAGCAAUUCCCAUAGCAGCUGUUCUUGCUACAUUUGUGGCCCAUGCGUAUACCAGCAAGAACAAUCUGAAACCGGCCGAGGCCUUUGCUUCGCUGUCUCUCUUCCACAUCUUGGUCACCCCACUCUUCCUGCUCUCCACAGUGGUCAGAUUUGCAGUGAAAGCCAUCAUAAGUGUUCAAAAGCUGAAUGAGUUUCUCUUGAGUGAUGAGAUUGGUGAUGACAGUUGGAGAACUGGUGAAGGUUCUCUUCCUUUUGAGUCCUGCAAGAAACACACUGGAGUUCCGAAAACUAUAAACAGGAAGCAGCCUGGAAGAUAUCACCUGGACAGCUAUGAGCAAUCAACACGACGUCUACGGCCCGCAGAGACAGAGGAUAUUGCAAUAAAGGUUAUUUUAUUUCCUGGGUUCUUACGUCAGUUAACCAUGAUUGUGGGCCAAGUGGGAUGUGGAAAGUCCUCUCUUCUCCUUGCCAUCCUCGGUGAGAUGCAGACACUGGAAGGGAAAGUUCACUGGAGCAAGAACAGGUAUUCUGUGGCUUAUGCAGCUCAAAAGCCUUGGCUAUUAAAUGCUACAGUAGAAGAAAAUAUUACCUUUGGAAGUCCUUUCAACAAACAGAGGUGGGAUGAUCCGUUCUCUGCCCUGGACAUUCACUUGAGUGAUCACUUAAUGCAGGAAGGGAUUUUGAAAUUUCUCCAAGAUGACAAAAGGACACUCGUUCUUGUGACUCACAAAUUACAAUAUCUGACACAUGCUGACUGGAUUAUAGCUAUGAAAGAUGGAAGUGUACUAAGAGAAGGGACUUUGAAGGACAUUCAGACCAAAGACGUUGAGCUUUAUGAACACUGGAAAACACUUAUGAAUCGGCAAGAUCAAGAAUUAGAAAAGGACAUGGAAGCCGACCAGACAACUUUAGAGAGGAAAACUCUCCGAAGGGCCAUGUAUUCAAGAGAGGCCAAAGCCCAAAUGGAGGAUGAAGAUGAAGGUAGUAGAUCUUUCUUCUUGUAUCUGAACUAUUCAGAUGAGGUAAUAGGGGACCUCCAGGAACUUGAUGACAGCACCCAGCUGCCUCUGCUUUGCCACUUCUCAGAAACAGCUGAGGGACUCACCACCAUUCGGGCCUUUAGGCAUGAAACCAGAUUUAAACAACGUAUGCUGGAACUGACGGACACAAACAACAUAGCCUACUUAUUUCUCUCAGCUGCCAACAGAUGGCUGGAGGUUAGGACGGAUUAUCUGGGAGCUUGCAUUGUCCUCACUGCAUCUAUUGCAUGCAUCAGUGGGUCUUCCAAUUCUGGAUUGGUGGGCUUGGGUCUUCUGUAUGCACUUACGAUAACCAAUUAUUUGAAUUGGGUUGUGAGGAACUUAGCUGACCUGGAGGUCCAGAUGGGUGCAGUGAAGAAAGUGAACAGUUUCUUGACUAUGGAGUCAGAGAACUAUGAAGGCACCAUGGGGGAGAUCAAGAUUCAUGAUCUGUGUGUCAGAUAUGAAAAUAAUCUGAAACCUGUUCUUAAACAUGUCAAAGCUUACAUCAAACCUGGGCAAAAGGUGGGCAUAUGCGGUCGCACUGGCAGUGGGAAGUCAUCUCUGUCUCUAGCUUUCUUCAGAAUGGUUGACAUAUUUGAUGAUGCAGUUGUCACUGAAGGUGGGGAGAAUUUUAGCGUUGGACAGAGACAGCUGUUUUGCCUUGCUAGAGCCUUUGUUCGCAAGAGCAGCAUUCUUAUUAUGGAUGAAGCAACAGCUUCCAUUGACAUGGCCACGGUGAGUGCAUUGGCUAAGCUUUUAAUAUUGACGAGCUGGAGAAAUCAUCGGGUUCACACUAUUCUGACGGCAGACCUGGUUAUUGUGAUGAAGCGAGGAAAUAUUUUAGAAUAUGACACUCCAGAAAGCCUCUUGGCUCGGGAAGAUGGAGUAUUCGCCUCUUUCGUUCGUGCAGACAUGUGAAGGGGUGUCUUAAAAUGAUGUAUGUGUUUAAAAUAAUGCAGUUGCAACCUAUUUAAUGAAUCAUCAGAUUGACCUUCAUAAAGUGGCAUCUUAAACUUUUACAGAUUUUGCACAAGAAAAGAAGUUGACAUUUCCUUUUCCUGCUUUUUAAACAGUUUUCUGAGAUAUUACUGCUUAACAUGUUCAUUACUGGCGUUUUUAUAAUAAUCAAGCCACUCCUCUUUUAAGGAUAGCAGGUUGUAUUAAAACAUGUAAGAAUGUAUUUUCCUUGUUGGAAUAGCAGA